ACUUGUCGCUUUCCGUCUCUGUUUCAUCGUGCACAUUCCGAUCUACAGACCAUUUUAAUUGACGAUGCUUUUUAGCAUGUAGGUGCACGAGAUUUAUAGUGUCAAAUUCUCAGUGCUGCUAGGCAUCUCUAAGGGAGGCGCAGCCCCCGUGGUCAUACAAUGGCUGAGAGGUGUCAGAGGCUUGCCACCCUCAGCUGAGCAACGGUGGCUACGCCAAAGCCGCAUCGCCACACAAGUUGUGCAUGCUGUACUAUUUUUCUGAAUGAGUCUCAGUCGGUUCGUGAUAUUGGUGAUAUUCCAAACAAGUGGACCCCUUCAUGGAAGCAGCUUAAGGCGUGCUGCGAGUCGUGCGAUUCUUGUCAACCAUUGCUAGGCCUGCGCGAGCAUCAGUGGUGUGGUAGGAGAAAGGUCGCAGGGUUGACUUCGACUCAGGCCGACUGAAUGCACGGGACGAGUCGCCUCAUGUCUCAGAGUGUUGCUUUUUCUUAGAUCUUUCGCGUGUCUUGGUAUAUGCUUACAAACAAAUUGUCGUUUUUUGUACCAUCCCAUACUUUGCAGCAUCAGCGUGGAACGAGUCAAACUCUGUGCCACUGCUGGCGUGGCAACAUCGUGGACGACAGCGGGUGGCCCCAGUAGUCAUGGUGUCCGAAGGAGACUGCGCAUAAAGAGAUCUUCCGUCACCACUGCCGCGUUGUCCUUCGUGGGGGGUAAUUCCCAGCCAUCUCUGGCUAGUGGUUUUUCUUUGUUUACUGUCAUUUCGCUAGUGCGAUGCACUUGUCUCAGCCUUGUACUGUUGCAAGUAGGAAAAGCAAGACGCCGUUUCUGCCGUCCCGGAGCUAUGUCUCGUACGUCGGUGGCGAAAUCACCCUGUGCUUCCAUUAGCGGCUUGCCCCUUUCAUUUCCAUGCUAAGAAAUAUCUAGGCUCUCUUUUUGUUUCUUAGUGUCUGGGGCCGCUUGCACUUCGUCAUAAAUGGUACGCUCGACGUGCUAUGUCAAGCCCCACAUCGCGUGCUGGCGCGCCGAAGUGGUCGCACUGCAGUUUAUUGCCAGACAGUGGCAAACCGUUGAUGCUGGAUUGUUUUGGCUUUUUGUAAUCAGGGGUGCUUUCUACUAACUCUUCCGUCGUUCAGCAUCCAUGCCGCAUGUGGCGUCGGCCUUGUUUCGGUGUGUAUCGUGUGCAGAGCUUUGAAUAUCGUUGUGGAGGGUCGACGCGGUUCGGCUUUUGUUGCAGCGGUAUUCCUCGUGUCUACUCAUCAUGCAGCAAAGUUCAGUCGUCUGGCGUGCCGGUGUUAUUCGUCACGUGCACGACCAAGGCGUCUGCGAAGCAGAACAUCAUACGAGAACGUUCGAUUCAAAGAGCAGUGUCCGUGUUUCCCAUGAGCACGGGACAUCGCAGGAGGCGUUGAAUCAUAGAUUUCUCAGCGCCGAGUGCCUACCUUCCCCGAUGAUGAAACUAAGCAACGGCGAUCUGACGCCGCAAGAAAAGUCUUUCACUGUCCACCGUUCAGUAUGCCAGGACUCCGAAAUGAUGACGCAGCCGUCAAUGGCCUACCACCAGAAUUCCAUCACUCGAGAGAUCAGUUUGUCUGCUGUAGACUCUGCGGCCUUCCCCUUCGAGGGCGAUGCGAAACCAACUGAAGGCAGGACACUUUCCAUCCUCGAAAGUUCCACGGUGGCGUGCUCGCUGCCCACCCUGUCUCGCGUGUGUUCGAUCAACUUGCCUUCACCGGGCGCGUCCCCUGCAUCAGCUCAUACAUCGUCGUCGGCCCCCCAAUCGCUGGUGUGCGCACACAUGCAUGCCUUAUCUGAAAUCGCUUCACCAGCGCAUGCCUCACCCGAUUCGUCAGACCAGCCGUCGGAGCAAAGUGAUUCCUCGACUUUUCAGUCGGCUUCGACGGCAGCGACGCCGCCGGAAGUGUUCCACCCUUUCGCAGCAAAGCUGUUGAGCCAUGCUGCAGACCCUGAUUUGUCUGCGGGGUGUACAGUGUCCACGCCGAACUUGGGACCAAACCUAUCGUCGCCGCAGAAGCACAGUCGAGAUAGCUCUGAUACCACGUCGACCACGGUCUGUUCAGAACGGACAGGUUCAGGAGCAGAGGCUUCGCUGUCAUCACAUUACGGGAGCAAGCUGCGAGAUUUGCCGUGUGGAGAGUCGGUCAGCGAUGACCGUGGCAUCUGGGGCGCUGGUGGUCCUCUGCAUAGCGCGGAGGGAAGCAGCGAUCUGCAGGUGGACUCCGCAGAUGCCUUUCCACCUUCAAUCCCGAGAGGCCAACAACUGGAGUGCGAUGCCGCGUACAGGCAGCGCUCCUCGCGGAGUGGGUCUGACAAGGGCGACUCGGCUUCUUUGGCGCACAGUUCGCCGGGCAUCCAUUCGAAAGAUUCGGCCGUGGUAGCAACUCAACACUUGACCGAUACAGCAGCCGCCGCUCGCUUAUCAGCGUUGGUGGAGGAACCGGACGCUGGAAUGGGGACCAACUCCGGGCCUGACGCGGCUGCACCGGACAGAAUAGAAGACAGAAUCGUGGAAACAGGGAAUUCCCUUGAUCAGUCGACUGACGCUCGCAGUACGCCAGUUGUUGUCCCCCGUGGGGUAUGGUACAACCGUUCCACUUGCUGCUGGCUCGCUUGCGUCUCUGGAGUUGGAAAACGACUUUACGUGUUUAGCGCGAAGCGCCUUGGAUUCGAACGAGCCAGGCAAAUGGCGAUUGACUGCAAGAAUGGAUGCCUGACACCGGAGGGUUUGGCUGCCGCCUCAGACGACAGUGGCGGUGGGAACAAGGCUGUUUCAAGCUUCGCAUCAAAGUGCCGGCGACCACUGGCAAUGACGGGAAAAGCUACGAAAGUUGAUAUACCAACAUCUGCCUUCACUGAAGGUGCAGACUGGCGAUCGUCAACAACACCGGGCUGGGCCCAAGACACCAAUGACAUCGGAGAGGCUGCUUCCCCGGGACUCGGCUUAAAAGCCCCGUCACCUGGAGGAAGCCUUGCUGGCGAUGGCGCCCGCGAGGAUGAAAGCACUGGUAUCGACACGCCAGCGGCGCUAAGCCGAAGCCGGAGUGCCGAAUGCACAAAAGAAGAUGUGUGUGUCUCUGAAGACGGCGCAGCAUCCAAAGAGGCUAGUGAGGUUCCUUCUCUGGUUUCGGAACGAGCUCCUCGCAAACGGAUUGUUUCCAGACGCAUUGCAGAAACUCGGGCCACAGCUCGAAACGUCAGAGCAAAAUCACAGGUCCAGCACAGUCACCGCCAGCAGGAUGACUUCUCAACAUCGGCUGCUCGAACAGCCAACAAAGCAGCGAACAGAGCUGGGACUCCACAUGGAGUAUGGUUCAACUCCCACACGAAGUCGUGGACUUGUGCAACUGUCGGGCCACGUCGGCAACUCUUGGUAUUUUCUUCCGCGCGCUACGGAUUUGAGAAAGCUAGGGCAAUGGCGAUCGAGGCGCGUGUGCAGUCUGUGCAAGCUCUUCAGGGGCAAGCUCAGUCAUACGAGACCUCUCAGUCCAGAAGUACUAGAACCUCUUCGGCCAAGGACGACGCCGACGCUGCGGGGAGAUCGAGAGGGGAGUUGUCCAACACUGAGAUCAUGGGAUGCAGUCAACGAACAAGAAGCGUGUCUGAGGAGACCGUCACGGAGGAAAUGUCAGAGAUGGGCUCUCCGCAUCGUGCUGCACGCUCCGGUCGAGCAGCAGCGCUAUUUGGUACCCGGCCGACGUCGUCAUGGGAUGAGUCACCGCCACAGCGGCAGGAGUUGGGCCGUUGCGCAUCGAUGCAGACCACGGAACACAAGCAUUUGACCGAAAAGGAACAACAGCUUCUCUGUGCGGGCAAGUUGGCGGCCAACCUGGUAUUGUCUGACUUGCUUGAAGUAUGCCUGCCACAGCUUGAACUCUCGCCAGCGUCAGUCGAUAGAGUCCGCUCGUCAGUCGAAGUUGCCUUGUGGACGGUUAGCUCGGCUCAGCAUCCUGCCGAGCUGCAAACCUUCCUGAGGCUCUUCAGUUGCUGUUUUAUGGCUCUGAAAAUUCCGUCCAACAUGCCAACCCAGACCCGAGUGCGCCUGCUCGAGGCCCUUUCUGGCGCGCAUUUGGAAUUUCCGCAGGCGUCCGGCAUUUCAGGUGCUAACGUAGAAGAAAGUGGAAAAGCAGUCGUGUCAGAGGAAGAGCUUGGAGGGGAUCGCAAGCGGCAAAGGCUUGGAAGCCGACCAGGGACACCUUCGAAGUCUACAGUAACUCCAUCAGAAUGGAUGCAUGGGUGAGAAGGAUUACUGUCCGGAUCAUCAGCAGCAGGACAGCCAUAGCUCGAUUAUUGUUUUUAUUGUUUUUUGCUGCCUGUCGUUUGCGCCACUGUAUAACGGGCUCCGUGAGUGCGUUGUUCAAGUUACAACUGUACUAUGUCCAUAAAUCGGAGUCGUGAGGAGUGAUGGGCAUGCUUCAAUAGAAGGGACGCUUAUUUCGACGGUAGUAUCAGUCGGUGGCAAUCAGAAGGCAGAUUGGCGUUCAAGUACCCGUCCGAGCUGCAACCACUUCUUGGUAAGAUCUAGGUGUCAAUGCGAUGACCUAGCUCAGUCUGUUGAUGAGGUGUGUGGUGCGGAAUCUCUCGGGAUCCUGUAAAUCCGGUUGUUUUCCAUUAAGUGGAAGGACCGGCGUUUCUAAUAAGUGUAUUGAGCAGCUGAUAGACCAGCAAAGACGUGGCGUGCGCCAGAGUAUCGGAAUAAACAUGUUUUUUGUUCGUCUCGUGACAGUUGUUUUAGCCGUUCUUUAAAGUCGGUGCCGCAGGGAGCGGGAGACUGCCCACUACAGAACAGAAACGGCCAGAUGAAAAAUAAAACGUUGCUGAUGUUAACACGAUAAUUUUAUCGGACACACGACUGACGCUUCGAAGAAGUGCGCGGAACUCGAACAGCGACACAUGGACAGCAGUAGAAACACUGGCAGACGACGAGAUACUUCUGACACAUGUAAUCCAGUGAUCGUUGCGCAGGCGUUCCUUCGUUGAGCCAGAGUCGAGUGCGCACGGGUCGCGUUAAUGUUGGAAAGCGUUUUUGAGUUGCGGUUGAAUCUGAUUGGUCACCCUCGUUCUCCAGCAAGUACCGGAAUGCAAUGACAGUACAUUGGGAAAGUAUCAAGGCAACCAUUGUCCGGAUGAAACGCUACAGUUCUUGUUGAGCAGCAGGUACGGUGCACGAGUUCUUGCACUCCCGAGCAACAAACCUCCUGCAGCGAAUAGUAGUCGAUUCACUGUACUCGGGUGCACGUUUUCUGAUGAACGGUACCUUGCUCGAUAGGGUUGAUCAAAUGGAACCUUUGCUGUUUCGCAGCACAUCACGCACACUUCUCCUGAGUCAGGAUCGAUAUCUCAGGAGGGUUCAAUCUGCGAAGUCACAUUUGCUUACGUUGGCACUUCUGUUGGUCUGCCUCUGUUUCGCAAAAACGGUAGAUGGGUUUCGAUCCUUCUACAUUAAACAAAUCGAAUUCUACGUCAGCUCAAGAACCGAAAGAAAAAUUUACCGAUUGAGCACCCUGAUUUAACACUUUCCAGAGCCUCCAAUACACUGGUAGACUCUCCAUCGUUCUUGUGACACUGCCUCUUGCAAUCGUUGCGUGCCUUCACGGAUAUUGGCAGUUCCUCCUCGCAGCAGACGUCACAGAAGUUGGUCUUGCAUUUUUCGGUCACGGUCCCGCCCUUCUUUUGUAUCUUGUUACAGAAUUCCGCUCUGUGCCGUCAUUCAGUGGCUGGUUUUGUUGAUGCAAAGACAACAAGUCUAACCUAUCUGGGGCGUGUUUCCUGUUCAGACACACUUGCAUGCCAGCUUCUGUCCGGGUGUCAACCUCCGUGAAAACUGAAACAGGUGAGUUAACGGGGUUUGGAACUAUGCGAGUCUCCUGGAAGGGACGCUUCAGAAGCAAAUAAUGUUUUUCGGUCAGCGUUCACGGUUGACUGUAUCUGACUCACAAGAGUAAUGUCAGCAAAAGCUACACCUCCGCAGUUCCAGGUGGUGAACCCGACUGAGCCACCGUCCCAGCCUGGUCACAUUAGUGAUAUCGCAGCUUCUCAAUGACGCAGUUCUGCUUCACCUACUCUCUGUUCCUAUGACGCUAAAUACUGGAAUAGGUGAUCCACCUCGGCCGGCGUUCACGAUGACAGUUCCUCCAUUGAACGUGAUUGUGAUGCUGUUCCACUCCCCAAUCUUGUAACCUCCAAGGAGCGACUUGGCCGCAGUGGUGAACGAGCCAUCAGCUCUCUUCCUCAAGCGGGCAAAAUUGGGGCCCAUCUCAAACAGCAUGUAGUUGUGCGUAUCCAUAUACCUGAAGACAGCUCCAACAAUACCACCUGAAGACGGCAGUGGAAUAAGCCUGUCUUAGUAAUUGUACACGUCUGAUUACUUUCACACUGGGGAAAAGCCUUGAAAGAAAACACUCCACUAUCACAGCCUCUGUUUCCACCGAGGACAGCAAUGGCUGGCGUCUGGAUGCAGAACGAUGGGAAGACUUACAUUAACGUAAUUUCUGCAUCAAUAAUCUUACGUGUUCUUCUCGACCACGGACGCUGGACUGCAGGAACACGAAUGUAGUGUGUCUGCGACUGGGGUGCUUUCGUUGGUUGUAGCUCUUACCAUCUGGGCAAAAACUUUGGGUUCUCCCCCAACAUUCGUGCGGUAUUCCCAGCGGGCCGGUCCCCCAAUGGUGUCCGACUCGGAAACGCUCCAAUUUUUGCGGAGACUUCCAACAAACUGAAAAGAAUAUCACUUGUGCUUUAGCACGGAGGAAGACAAAAGCGAGAAUGUCACACCAUUUCUUUGUAGUUGCUGCAUGUGGCAGGCUUCGGAGGAAGGGCCUCCGUCCGUAACACACAGGGAAGGGCGUCGACUUGGAUCAUGUCAAAGUACGCACCAUCAACUCCACUAGUGAAGAAGCCGAUGGAACCGGACAUUAAAGAGCCGUCUAUCAGAUCGAAUAUUGCCGGAGGCUCAACAACGACGGGUGCUGUCGACUCCUCCACCACAAUGAUCCGCAAUCGUGCCUCUCUCAUCUCGAUUCGAACUGUGUACCAUUUCCCUUCUAGAUAGCCACCAUCGUCGACUCGGGAAACUUCAACUGGCUUUCCAUCAACAAUCCGAAGAAGUCUCUUGAAUCCACCAUUUGACUGCAAAGAAUUUUUAGGGCUGGAUGGUAGAAAAAAUCAAUCGUUCAACGCACCUGCCGCAUUUCGAAAAGGAACAUGUUUUCGAAGUCUUUCAUCCGGAACGCGAUGCCAGCCGAGCCGGAGCCGGAUAUGUACACAUCAGUGGAGAAGAUGCCAUCAAAAAAUCUCUUAUUUCUGACGCUUGCAUAUGUGCCAACAGCCGCCACACCACGAUUUGCUGGAGCUACCACCGCCGUUUGGCUUAGGAUGCUCCGGCCUCCGCGCCCGCCUGCGGGUGCCUCUCCCACUCUCCAGUUCCCAGUUCCUGUUUGGACAUAAUCAGGAACCCGCCGCAUAAAGAUGCGUCGGUGUUCUUACCUAUUGCGGUCUUGGAGUUGUAGACUUCGAACACAUCGUAGAACUCGAGAGGAUGGAACGCCGUCAAUGCCCAGCUGUCGGCCUGCGUUUGGCUUGCACGAGUUAAUAUGACCUAGAGCGAACGUUCUGCGCUGUGCGCUUCAUUCAGGUAAAAGGAAGUGAUUUUACCUGUUGUAGCUGUUGAUUUGUGCUCUCGAGUGUUGAUGCGACUCUACCAGCAGCGGCCUUCAAGCUAUCUGCCAGGGUCAUGGUCUUGCUAAGAAGGCGUGCCGCUCUGGACUGACCGUAAAAGGUCAAGAAACAUAUUAGCGUUAAUCAAGGCUGCGAAUCUGGUCUUACUCUUAGUUCUUCCUCUAGCACUCCUGCAGGCUUCAGAAUCCCUCUGGCUUCGGAAAUUAUCUGCGGUGGCGAAUUAAAGUAAUUCAUAUUGCUGCCCAGAGUUGUCAAGUAAUGCGAUGUUACCUUAUUGGCUUCUGCUUCGACCAUCUUGACUACAGCCGCGUUUAUCGAUCCCAGUCUGGAGUUGACUAACACCUCCAACUGACGGAUUGCUGCGCGUGUUGCGGCUGUCGUUUGCGUAUCAGAGGUAGCCGGCGGUUGUGCACCUGCAUCCGGGCUGACUCCCGUCAUCUUCUAGAUGCACAUCAUAAGACAAUCGCACCACACAGCGAGCUGCAGAAGACGUGAUGCCGCCUACCAGUUCUGUGCUCAAGGACGGCUGAUCACGAUUGGCAUUGAGUUCCAAGAAACUACUGGCAGUUUCUGUCUCUUGCGUCGCUUGGGGGCAUUUUACUGCCACAGAUUCAAGGCGGAAGGCGCGAGACGCUCGUGGUCCACUGUAGCUUUCUGAUAUAACGCCGUUGCUUCCGCUUCCCUCGAACUCGUUGGGCGCUUGUACCAUAUGAACUCUAACGAGUCCACUCCGGCCCAGCACGCCCGCAUGGAUAGCUGCCAGACAGAUGGAGCUAUCAUCAGAAUAGUUUCCUUCUUCGCCACCAACAACCAAAGCUC